AUGGGAUUUAUAUUUUCUAAAUCAAUGAAUGAAAACAUGAAAAAUCAGCAAGAGUUUAUGCUCGUAAAUGCUCGACUUCAGCUGGAGAGGCAGCUAAUAAUGCAGAACGAGAUGAGAGAAAGACAGAUGGCCAUGCAGGUGGCGUGGUCUCGGGAAUUCAUCAAAUACUUUGGGACCUUUUUUAGCAUUGCAGCCAUCUCUCUAACAGCUGGAGCAAUAAAAAAGAAGCAGCCAGCAUUCCUCUUUCCUGUUGUGCCACUGGGCUUCAUCCUCACCUACCAGUAUGAUUUGGGCUAUGGAACCCUCCUACAGAGAAUGAAAGGGGAAGCCGAGAACAUACUGGAAACAGAAAAGAGUAAGUUGCAGUUGCCAAGAGGAAUGAUCACGUUCGAAAGCCUGGAGAAAGCCAGAAAGGAACAGAGUAAAUUCUUCACAGACAAAUGA